UGAAGCGCGUACCUCGAUCUGUGACUUUCUUAUUUUUGUGCCUUAUGAAGGUUUCCAGUUGGUCGCGUAGUCCAAAAGCCUCUCAGAAUAAUCUGUUUCAAUGAUAAUUUGCUCUUAUUUUUGGUAAAUUUCCGUGGAAAUGGACUUAUCUCAUAUGUCACAUCGUACAAGGCGUGCUUUCCUUAAAAAGUUAAAAAGGAAACGUAAACGUCAAAGGUUGGCACAGGAAAAUGAAGAAAAGGAAUUGCAAGAGUUAAGUCGAUUGCAACUCUCUCCAACGUACCAGGCACAACAGGCCAAAGAAUUGGAGUUGGCUGCACUUGAAGCUGCUGAACAUGAGCGUAAUGAACAGAAGUGGUUACAACGUGAAAAAGAGGCACAGCUUAAGUGGGAAGAAGACUGUCGUCAUAGAAAGCUUCUAAAGGAACGUGAAGAAGAAGCUCAGAAAAGAAUUAGAGAAGAAUGGGAGAGUAAACAACUGGAAACCAAGAAUAUUGUUUGCGCGUCAAAAUCUCAGGCAAUUCAUGAACAGUCUUCUAACCUUCCCCCUUGGCAUCAUCCUCCACCUCCUGUAUCGAUUACUUCAGUAGUGGAACAAGUACCACGCUCUAGUAUUUCUACAGUGAUAGAGAAGUGUAGUUUCUUUCGUAAAACUGGAGCUUGUCGAUAUGAUUUUCUUUGCUCCCGUCUUCAUGAAUAUCCAAGCGCCUAUGACACUACGGCAUCGUUUAAUCUGAUUAAUGAUGACCAAGAUGGUUUUGAUGAACCGAUAGAUAAUUCGUGCCUAGUUUUACGGAUACCUAAAAUGUUCACUCACUUCCAUUUGGAUUUAACGAGGAAAGUGGGUUCCGAGGAUCAAGAUUCAGGUCUUGAAGUGGACGAAAAUCAAUUACUCUCAGAUUAUCAUGAAUUCUACCAUGAUGUACGCUCAGAAAUGGAAUCAAGAUGGGGCAAAAUUUCAGUAAUUCGAACAUGUCGUAAUUUAGCUGAUCAUUUGUGCGGGACAGUGUACAUUGAAUUUGCAAGAGGUCCAAGCGCAACUUGGGAUGCUGCUGAAGCUUGUAAUGGUCGUUGGUUUGCUGGACGCCAGUUAACAUGUUCUGUAGUACGAUUGGGUGGUGGUUGGAGAGAGGCUAUCUGUGGUCUCUAUCAUCGUGGCAAAUGUCCUAAAGGUGAUCUACAUUGUAAUUUCUUGCAUGUAUUUCUUAAUCCUGGUGAAACGGUUAACGAUAUACAAAAGGCAUUAUGGCGUCAUUUAGGUAGAUUGCCUAGUCCAGUGGAUAAUACUCACUGUGAUCGUGUAUCGUACUCUCCUGUGACAAAGUCACACCGGAAACGUUCAUCGCAUUCAAAUCAUCAUAGACGGCAUAAAAAACGUAGACGUUCUUCUCGCACUCCGUCGCCGUCGGCGUCAUCAUCAUCAUCGUCAUCAUCUCCAACAAGCAGAAGAACAAGAAGAAAAAGAAGAGAUUAUUCAUCACGGUCUAAGGAUAAUUGCAAAAGAUCAAGUCCGUCAGCGGAUCACCACAGACACAAGAGAAGUAGACACAGUGAUAACGUUACUCAGUCAAGAUCUCCUUCACACCGCCAUUCACCUUCACCAACAAUGCACAGAAAACGUAAGAAGCAUACUAGAGACAGAUCACCUCAUUGCACAAACAGAAUAACUGAUCAAUAAUCUUUGCCUAUUUUGUUAAACUGAUUAUUCAUAAAAAAUUAUCGCAUCCCAUACUGCCUGGUUGUUAGUAAGUAGUACAUCACAGUGUUUGUUAUAAACAUUACUAUUACAUUAGUAGUGAGCUAGUCAAUUCCACAGCAUAUACCGUAUGCGCCACUCCUCCACCAAUGUUUCCACUGCCCUCCUCUUCAUCUUCUAACGUCCAUUUGUAAAUAUCCUGUAUUUGUUGUAUUUAUGUGUUAUAUAUUUGUAUUUGUACUAUUCAUUCAAUUCUUAAACUAUCAUUCCAACAUUCCAACUGUUAAAUAAAAUUCACAAACAUUUGAAUAUAGAUUGAUUUGACCCGG